GAGCAGGCUGCCGGAGCCGCUCAGCUUUCAGUGAGUUCAGAAAACUGUUUGCAUACCAAUCUCCCCCUCAACACUGCAUGCUUGUCCAAACUGGGAAUCGCAGAUCUCGGAGCGGUGCUUUGGAUUUUAACAACGCGGACGCUGCUGCUGGUCACAAAUUCACCACAGUGGACAUCCCGGCUGAUCGACAGCCCUUUUAUUUAGUUCCACCUGAACACGCGCGUCCAGCACGCUCCGCGAACAAGUCAUAUUUUUCACAGAGAGGAGAGGAGCAGCUUGUCAGGAGGCUUCAGGACUGGGCUGCGCUUUGAGCCCAUGAAAACAGGAGAGGAGAGAAAAGCAGAAGAAGUCAACAGCUUCACCUGAACAAAGACAACCAUCAAGCAGUUACAGAUGGGGCAGGGAGAGGCAUCAGCGCGAGGGACGACCAUGGAGGGGGAUUGUCUCAGCUGCAUCAAGUACCUCAUGUUUGUCUUCAAUUUCCUCAUUUUUCUGGGGGGUUCUUUCCUCCUAGGAGUGGGAGUGUGGGUACUGGUGGACCCCACAGGGUUCAGGGAAAUCGUAGCAGCCAACCCCCUGCUGUUUACCGGUGUCUACAUCAUCCUGGGUAUGGGAGGCAUGCUCUUUCUCCUCGGCUUCCUGGGCUGCUGUGGAGCCAUCCGCGAAAACAAGUGUCUGCUCCUCUUUUUCUUCAUGCUCAUCCUGCUCAUCUUCUUAGCAGAGCUGGCUGCUGCCAUCCUGGCCUUCAUAUUUCGGGAACAUCUGACCAGAGAGUACUUCACCAAGGAGCUGAAGAGACAUUAUCAGGGCUACAACAACAGUGACGUCUUCACCUCCACAUGGAAUGCCAUCAUGACUACAUUUGACUGCUGUGGGGUGAACAGCCCAGAGGAUUUUAAGGACAGCCUGUUCAGGGUGAUCAACCAAAAUCAUAUGGUGCCAGAAGCCUGCUGCCAGCGUGCCAUUCAGGCCGAGGAGUCUGCCUACAACAGCCAGGAGCAGUGCUUAUCUGGCAAUAUGAUGUACCGCAAUAACAAGGGCUGUUACUCUGCGGUAGUUGACUACUUUGAGCUGUACAUCUAUGUGGCUGGAGCCCUGGCCAUCGUGGUGCUAACCAUUGAGCUUUUUGCCAUGGUCUUUGCAAUGUGUCUCUUCAGGGGAAUCCAGUAGAGCUGCUCCAUCUGUGAACUUCUUUUUUUUUUUUUUAUUAAAAAGAAAAAGGGAAUUCAGGAGAGAAAAAGUAAAAUGGACAUUUGUAAAUUUGAGGAUCUCUUUUUCUAUUGGCUAAUUGGUUGAAAAACAGACCCGUACUUCACAGCUGGACUUUUGAGGUACUGGGUGGCAAAAAACAACAACACAUAGACACACACAAACCAUUGAAAAAAAAACAACAACAACAAACAGAACAUGUUAAAAAAAAAAAAAAGAAAAAAAAAGAUUUGUGUGUAAAGUGGAAACAGUAAUUUGUGGACCAGGUCUGUCACAGACUGGCUAUAACAUGAACCGGGGUUGAGGACCAGGUGAAGCCUGAGCAGAAGGCACUGCACUGACUUUUGGAUGAAGAAUAUUUAUAUUAAGUAAAGUUGGCUUAACUGUAAAAAAAAAAAAAAAAGAAAAAAGAAAAAAAAGUGUUCCAUGUAUACGCUGGCUGUCACAGUUUCCCCAUUCAUAUUGUAUACUGUAACAAACUCCCUUCCUCCACAUGCCUUUUUUACAGCCACACUUCUUUUAAGCUGUAUUAUAUAAGCUGUGUGUGUGUCUGCGUGUAUGUAUGUAUGUGUGUGUGUGUGUGUGUGUGUGUGUGUGUGUGUGUACAUACUGGAUGCUCUUUUUGAAUGCGUAUGAACUUGUUUGUGAGCAUGUGAGCAGCUUGUGGCUCUACUUGACCCCCUCCCCAAGCCUGAAAGCCAACAUCUCUAACUCUUUUUUUCUGUUUGUACGGUGCUGUUUAUUGCAUUAGUGGUUCUAUGUGGUUUUAGGUGGUGAAAUGUAUGUGUAUGCAUUUGUAUUAGAUCCUUGAAAAGUCAGUGACAUAAAUGGCAUUUGAAAUGA